GCAUAACAAUGACAGCCGAUAGCUAUCUGGGAUGUCGCCCGAUAAGCGGGCUCCGACGAAGCGAUAAUACUAGGACUAUAACAUAAAAGCCAAUCGGUAGCGGUAGGUAGCCGGAGUUAAAAGCCCAUAUCUGUUGUAAAUCUUUCGACAGUUUUGAUGCGAACGCUUUCGAGGUUGGAGGAGUGUGUGCUCGCGGAAAAACUGUUGCGUACUUGUGGGCGCAGCUGAAAAUGGCGCUCUUACAUUACACGUGGAAGCAAUUGGAGCUGUACUUGAAAUGGGCCUUGGGCAAGAACACCACAGUGACGGAGAGUCCUGCGAGAGAGCCCUAUCCGGGCAUCUUCGUGGAGGACCUCAGCCAGUUGAGUCGUUUCAAGCGGAAUGCCUUUAUGUGCGUUGUGGGCGCCCUCUUUCUAAUGGCAUUCUUUGGAAAUCUGAGCACCAUCUAUGUGAACACCAGGAGGAAACUGCGCCCUUUCUUUCGGGCCUGCCUGCUCUCGCUGGCUUUCUCCGAUGUGGUCUCCAGUGUCUUCUGCACCGUGUCCUAUAUAGCGCAGUUCCAUGCGGAUUAUCUCCAGUUGUGGACCAUUGGCAGCUUUAUGUGCAGGUUUGUGCCCUUUGUGACCACCACAUCGGUGCUCUCCGGCAGCUUGACCCUCGUGGCCAUUGCGUCGGACCGCUACCUGGCCGUGAUGCGGCCAGUGCUGGGCUUCUGGAACCCUGACAUCCGCUACAGCUGUCUCUGCGUGGGCCUCAUAUGGGUGUGCUCCAUAGGCGCCUCUGCACCACUGUUUGGCAUCUACGAGUACCAAAGAAUCUAUCUCCUGGAGCUGGAGACCCCGACACAGCAGACAAAAGACGACGACGGGGAGACAGAUCAGAAGCUGGAGGUCACAGAAUUGGAGCUGGUCAGCAUGUGCCUGGCGGGCGUCGUAAGUCCAUGUAUAGAUUAUCGCACUACUUGGGGAUCGGGGCGAUUAUGGGAUUAUUAUCUUAUCGUUUGGCGUGGGAAAAAACAUUUAUGCAAUUCUAUAUAUACGCAGAGCAACGAGGGCCUCUACUACGUCAUUUUGUUCACCCUCAUCUUCCUGCCCUGCAUCGUGAGCUUCAUCUGGCUGAACGCGGUGAUAGCGCGGCAGCUCUGGGUGCGGCGCCACUACCACCAACACCAGCAAGAGCAGCAGCAGCCGGAUCAGGAGGGACAAUUCAAGCCCCUGCCGGCGGCCAGUAAUGGGGAUGUUUUGAUGCCCUCUUCCCUGGCGAGUGCGAUGGGCGUGGCCCUGCCAUUUGUCAUCGACAAGCCUCCCCUGCCCUCGAUCCCUCCCAGCCCACAAGCUCCAAGGGCCAACAACAUGAAUCAGGAGCCACCGAGUGCCAUGGGACCAGCGGCUCAGGCUCGCGAGGCUCGACACCGGCGCAUGGUUGUCGUGGUGAUUUUGAUGAUGGCUGUCUUCAUUUGCCUGCGCCUGCCCGCCUGGAUCUUUCUGAUCAUGCGCCUGUACGGCUCCUACUCGCAGCCCGUCGACUGGCUGCUCUACUUCAGUUUUGGUAUCCUGAAUCUCCUCAGCUGCGCCUUGAACCCGCUCUUCUACACAUUCCUCACCCAGACCAUUCGCACUGUAUCCCUGCUGAAGCAGAAGACCAUGGACCUAAUCUGCUGCCGCCGCCCCGGACAGGGCCAGGACGGACCAAUGCCCACGGAAUCCCCGGAGCCGGCAAAGCGAUGCGGCCUGUGCUUCUGCUUCUGCUGUGGCCUCCGACAGCUGACUAUCACGUGGCGUUGUUAUCCCGCGCACGAUCCACCACCAACCACUGAAGUACGGGGCGUGGAGCAGCCCUCUGCCCAGCGAGUAGUCGAGAUGGAGGCCGAUCCGAGCAGCCUACAGCGAUUCUUCAGCUUUAAGCAUGACGUAUUCCCCGUCGCCCAUAGUCGCGACGAUUCCCAGAGUGCGUCAAUCGAGUCCUCAGCCUGAUACUGAUAGGCAGCGUCAUAAAUCAAUCGAGUGCAUUGCCAUAAACGGUCUCUAACGGUUAGCAGAGAUUGAUUAAUAGAGUGAUUAAUGUCCCCCUCCAAUUCAGUCCGCGAAAAUGAUUGUUACGGCCACUGAUAGGCAACACACUCCCUGCAAUUCUGCCCUGAAAUGUAUCAAUGAGUGUGUGCAAAAAUGUAAAUAUAAUUGAAAUAUUUAAAUA